AUGGACAACCAAGUUGUGGAACUCAUAUACGCGGAUGAUCUUGAUUUUAUUGCGGAGGAUCGGAAAUUAAUAAAAAUUAUUAUGGAGAAAGCAGGAACAAUUUUCGAUAAAUGGUCACUCAAAGUCAAUGAAGAGAAAACCGAAAUAACCAUCAUCGAACGUAUGCCAACUCUCAUAGAUGAGAAGUGGCGAAACGUCCGAAAACUCGGAUCUCUUCUUGGCGAUUCCGAAGAUAUUACCAGACGAAAAAUAUUAUCAACAAUUGCACUUAAAAAACUUCAAUCUAUCUGGAUGAGAAAAAACCAAAUUUCGACUAAGAUGCGCCUACGAUUAUAUGAUGCAUUUGUCCGACCUGUCCUCAUUUACAACGCAGGUACUUGGGGAACAUCAAAGAAAAACAUAGAGCAACUUGACUCUUUCCACAGGGGUCAACUGAGAAAACUCCUCGGCUAUUCGUGGCCGAAGAAAAUAUCAAAUGAUAAAUUAUACAGGUUAGCUAACUGUGGGCCUAUAAGUCUAAAUAUACCUGAAACCCGCUGGCGCCUGUUUGGACAUAUUUUACGAAUGAAGAAAGAAACAUCUUGCAAUAUGGCCAUGGAAGAAUUUUUCGGCCAUACUGAAUACUCUAAAUAUAGAGGACGUCCAAGAGACUGUCUUCCGGGAAUACUUACGAAGGAAUAUGGUAUGAUCGGAGGCCGAUUGAUGGAUGCAAACGAUCUAAACGAAAUCGGAAAGAGGGCAAGACGACGGAAGGGAUGGAAGGGGCUAACGACAAGAAUAGUUAAAAACAUGGCACAAGCGAAACCAUAA